CCGCGUACAUCCGUUAUGAGAAACAAAAUGGUUGUGUAGUUUUAACGACGAAGAAACGUAAGUUUGUAGGGGCACUCUUUGCAUUGAAAUCGCUUUAAACGUAGUGUCCGAAUUUUUUGGACAAAGAAAAUGACGGCAAUACCUGGCACUGUGGCCUUUGAUGAAUAUGGUCGGCCUUUUAUUAUCCUCCGUAAUCAAGAAAAACAAAAACGUCUAACCGGUACUGAUGCCAUCAAGUCGCAUAUUUUGGCAGCCCGUGAUGUAGCCAAUAUUCUAAAAACCUCAUUAGGUCCUAAAGGCCUUGACAAGCUAAUGGUCAGUUCUGAUGGUGAUAUUACUGUAACUAACGAUGGAGCAACAAUCUUAAAAAAUAUGGAUGUAGACCAUGAAAUCGCAAAGCUAAUGGUCCAGUUGUCUCAAUCUCAGGAUGAUGAAAUUGGAGAUGGUACUACUGGUGUAGUUGUCUUGGCAGGUGCUCUCUUGGAACAAGCAGAGCAAUUGUUAGACAAAGGAAUUCAUCCAAUUAGAAUAGCAGAUGGUUUUGAAAUGGCAGCAAAAUGUGCAACAGAUCAUUUAAAAAAAAUCGUACACGAUUUCGAAGGUAACUCUGACAACCUGGAACCGUACAUAAAAAUUGCAAUGACCAGUCUGGGUUCAAAAAUCAUCAACAAGUGUCACAGGCAAAUGGCAGAAAUAGCUGUAAAUGCUGUAUUUGCAGUUUUAGAUCCUGUUGCAUGUGAUGUGAACUUUGAAUUAAUAAAAGUAGAAGGAAAAGUUGGUGGCAGAUUAGAAGAUACUGUUCUAGUUCGUGGUGUUGUUAUUGACAAAGACUUUAGCCAUCCUCAAAUGCCUAAGAGGUUGGAAAAUGUCAAACUAGCUAUUUUGACAUGCCCAUUUGAACCACCUAAGCCAAAAACUAAACACAAGUUGGAUGUCACCUCAGUGGAUGAUUACAGAGCAUUACGUGAAUACGAACAAGAAAAAUUCACCGAGAUGGUCAAAAGGGUUAAAAAUGCUGGUGCCACACUUGCUAUUUGUCAAUGGGGAUUUGAUGAUGAAGCUAAUCAUCUCCUCCUUCAAAAUGAAUUACCUGCAGUCAGAUGGGUUGGUGGUCCAGAAAUUGAAUUAAUAGCUAUUGCCACGGGUGGCCGUAUUGUUCCCCGUUUCGAAGAAUUAACAUCAGAAAAACUUGGCCAUGCAGGCGUUGUUAGAGAAUUAACAUUUGGUACUACUAAAGAUCGAAUGCUUGUUAUUGAAGAAUGCAAGAACUCUCGAGCAGUUACUAUUUUCAUUCGUGGUGGGAACAAAAUGAUCAUUGAAGAAGCAAAACGAGCUAUCCACGAUGCACUGUGUACAGUUCGUAAUGUAAUAAAAAAUCAAAAGAUCUUAUAUGGAGGAGGCGCCCCCGAAAUUUCUUGUGCCCUUGCGUGUGCAGAGAAAGCCAAUAAGAUCAGCACCUUGGAACAAUAUGCUUUUCGUGCAUUUGCCGAAGCUCUGGAAGCUGUGCCAAUGGCACUUGCUGAAAAUUCUGGUCUUUCACCUGUAAAUACUUUAGCUGACAUUAAAGCAGCACAGUUGGCUGAAAAAAAUCCUGCCUUUGGUGUAGAUUGCCUAAACCGUGGUACUUUCGAUAUGAAAGUCCAAAACGUUAUCGAAACAUUAACAAGUAAAACACAACAAAUUCUAUUGGCUACACAACUGGUCAAAAUGAUACUUAAAAUCGAUGACAUACGUUCACCAAAUGAUGCCGGAACAAAUAAAUUUGUCACAUCGAGUCAAGGUAUAAUUGCAUACACAGAUAUUCUUUACAUAAUUCAGGUUGUGGAAAUUUCGUUUUCGAGAAAUCACUUCACAGAGCAUAAACAUAAGCGUAGAUCGAUGAAUGUAAGAAAAAGAAUUUAGUAACAUUCUACUAAUAAAAUGGCACAGAAUAUAAUCGCUUGCAGAUUUAUAAAUUAUAACACAUAUACCUUUGUCUUCUUCUCUCUUUUUUGCAAUAUCUUCUGCUUUCGGCCUGCAGGAACAGAUCAUAGAUCAUCUUCCUCUUUUAUCACAAAAUAUACAAUCUAUCCCAACAUAACGUUAUAUCUCUCUCGCCUUCUUUUUACACAAUAAAUUUCUUCUAUUAUAUGCAUGAAGUUCAUGUUUGGAGUUGCAAUAUUUUGCCAUAACAACCUUUGAUAGACUAACAAUACCGUAAAACACGCUUCUUAAACAUCUUUAAUCUCGAUAACAACAUCUCUGUAUCUUAUCGAUACAGAAUUCGGCACUUCGUUUCAUCGUAUAUACUUGCAUUCCUGUAUUCCUGUACAUAUCUCACUAUUCUUAUGUAGCGUACGUCUAAUGUUUUCAUCCAAUUCAGAUGUUUAAAUUGCAAGCCCCAGCAGAGCCUUAUAUCAACACUGUUCUUAAAUCUUGA